GUUUCCCAAAGAAAAAGGAAAAUACAGCCAUUAAAUAAUAAUAAAAACCUGCUCAACGAUCGCCGUUUCCGUUUAUCAGCUCAUGGCAGCUUCUAUGGCUCCCGCCAUAUUGAUUGCCCAAAAACCCUAUCACCUUUCUCCAAAAACAUACCCUCAGAGGACCCCGAUCGGCUCGAGCACUAAAAGGUCGGUGACAAUCGCUUCCUCGUCGCCGUCUUUCAGGAACGGAAGUCCGCCGGAGACAGAGUGCCCUGUUCCUUGGGAUCAGCAGCCGGUGAACGAGUACCAGGCCCUCUCCUCUUCAUUUCCCUUCUCCUUGGCCUCAGCAAAUCUCCGUGACUACUGUAUCAGGCUCUCUUUUUUAGGAUCUUCCUUCGCGAUCCUCGUCGGCCUCCCCGUUGCUACUUUCGGCAAUUCCGAUGUCACCAACACAUCGGCCGUCGCUCUCAGUUGCGGUCUCGGCGCGGCUUCUUCUGGAAUCCUUUUCGUCAUGCUUGUCGUGCUCCGGAUGUAUCUUGGAUGGGCCUAUGUUGGCAAUCGCUUGCUCAGCGCUACGGUUGACUAUGAGGAGACGGGAUGGUAUGACGGGCAGAUAUGGGUAAAGACUCCAGACGUUCUUACUCGUGAUCGUCUAUUGGGCUCUUAUUCAGUGAAGCCUGUACUGACCAAAGUGAAGUUUACAUUGAUUGGCUUGGCAAUUUCUUUGGCUGUUUGUGUUAUUAUCCUUGUUGAUGUCGAGAAUCCAAAGUACAUUCCUGUUAAUACUAAAGGAAAAGUGAUAGCCGGAGUUUACAAUGAAGAAGCUGCAAGGUCAUUUGAGCCUGAUGCAUUCUGCGGAGAUUCUGAUUUGUCUUAAACCUCAGGAGGGUCGGCUAUUAAUUGUAAAGUCUGCUCUUACUACUAGUGCAGCUGGGAGUUCAUCAUCAUCAUUCCGAUGCAAAUUUAAUCUCUUCACCUUCUCUAGCCAUUUCCAUGCCUCGGGCUCUGGUUUUAGGUGAUGCAGUUGUAUCUUUUCUGCAAUCUGUUAUACAUGAAUUGAAGUAAAAGGUAGUCAAAAGUUUGGUGAAUGUAUUGUCAUGUAGCUAUUGUUGAAAAAACUUGAAUAAAAGAAAGUACUGAUGUUGGACAUAUUCUGUUAAUAACAUUUGAAAUGACAAUUAUUACUUAUGACGCUUUCUAUAAUACACAUCAGGAUUCCUUUU